AUGAUGAGUUGGCAUGACCAACCGUUCAGCGAAGCGCUGACAAGGUUCGGCACGCGCGUCGAGCAGGGGCUCGACGAGAACGGUGCGCGGCAACGCCUUGCACGUUACGGGCCCAACAGGCUGCCCGAACCAAAGCGGGCGGGCCCCCUCGCCCGUUUUGCCCGCCAGUUCCACAAUGUGCUGAUUUACGUUCUGAUGGCCGCCGGCACGACGACGGCCAUGCUCGGCCACUGGAUCGAUACGGCCGUCAUCCUUGCGGUCGUGAUGGUCAACGCCAUCAUCGGCUUCGUCCAGGAAGGCAAGGCCGAAAGCGCGCUGGCGGCGAUACGCGACAUGCUGGCGCCCAGGGCCACGGUUCUGCGCGAUGGCCGCCGCCGAACCGUUCCGGGCGAGGACAUCGUGCCCGGCGACAUCGUCAUCGUCGAGGCGGGAGACCGCAUUCCCGCCGAUCUGCGCCUUUGCGAAACGCGCGGCGUGAAGAUCGAGGAAGCGGUGCUCACCGGCGAAUCGGUGCCCGUCGACAAGGCGACCGGUCCGGUGGCGGCGGACGCGCCGCUCGGCGACCGCCGCUCGAUGGCCUUUUCCGGGACGAUGGUGGCGGCCGGACAGGGACGCGGCAUCGCCAUCGCCACCGGUGCGGACACCGAGAUCGGUCGAAUUUCCGGCAUGAUCGCCGACGUCCCCUCGACCGAGACGCCGCUCAUCCGCCAGAUGGCGGUGUUCGCCAAGUGGCUGACGGUCUUCAUCGUCGGCUUCAGCGCGCUGAUCCUGGUCUUCGGGCUGACGCUCGGCGGCUACGGCUUCACCGAACUGUUCAUGGCGCUGGUCGGCCUGUCGGUCGCCGCCAUUCCCGAAGGCCUGCCGGCGAUCCUGACGGUGACGCUCGCCAUCGGCGUGCAGGGCAUGGCGCGGAGGAACGCGAUCGUGCGCCGCCUGCCUGCCAUCGAGGCGCUCGGCUCGGUCUCGGUGAUCUGCUCGGACAAGACCGGAACGCUGACCAGGAACGAGAUGACCGUUGCCGGCGUGAUCACAGCCAACCAUGCCUACCGCGUCACCGGAACCGGAUAUGCGCCCCAUGGCGGCUUCGUGCUGGACGGCGCCGAAGCGCGCGUCGCAGACCAUCCUGUUCUGACCGAACUGGGCCGCGCCGCGCUCCUGUGCAACGAGGCCGACCUCGUCGGCGCCGGCGACCAGUGGCAGGUGAUCGGCGAUCCGAUGGAGGGCGCGCUCGUCGCCUUUGCCUGCAAGGCCGGCUUCGAGCCGGACGCCGAACGGGCCCGCCAGCCGCAGACCGAUGCGAUACCGUUCGACGCGCAGCACCGCUUCAUGGCGAGCCUGCGCCACGAUCACGAUGGCCAUGCGACCAUCUUCGUCAAGGGCGCGCCGGAGCGCAUCCUUGCCAUGUGCCGGACCCAGCGCAUCAAGGACGGCACCGACGCGCCGAUCGAUGCCGAUUAUUGGCGCGAUCAGGCCGCCGCCGUCGCGGACCAGGGCCAGCGCGUUCUGGCCAUCGCGCUCAAGCCGACCCACGGGGACCAUGGCGAACUGCAUUUCGGCGAUGUCGACACCGACCUGACGCUGGUCGGCCUUGUCGGCCUGAUCGACCCGCCCCGCGAGGAGGCGAUCGAAGCGGUGCGCGAAUGCCGGGCCGCCGGCAUCGACGUCAAGAUGAUCACCGGCGACCAUGCCGGCACCGCCGCCGCCAUCGGCCGGCAACUGGGGCUCGCCAACACCGCCACGGUCAUGGAAGGCGCCGAGAUCGACACGCUGGACGCCGAGCAGUUGCGCCAACGGGUGGCGGAAGUGGAUGUCUUCGCCCGCACCAGCCCCCAGCACAAGCUCCGCCUGGUCGAAGCGCUGCAGGACGGCGGCGCCGUGGUCGCCAUGACCGGCGAUGGCGUCAAUGACGCGCCCGCGCUCAAGCGCGCCGAUAUCGGCAUCGCCAUGGGCCAGAAGGGCACCGAGGCGGCCAAGGAAGCCUCCGAAAUCGUGCUCGCCGACGACAAUUUCGCGACCAUCGCCGCCGCCGUCAAAGCCGGGCGAACGGUCUACGACAACCUGAAAAAGGCGAUCAUCUUCCUGUUGCCGGUCAAUGGCGGGGAAUCGCUGUCGCUGGUCGCCGCCAUCCUGCUCGGCCUGACAUUGCCGAUCACGCCGCUGCAGAUCCUGUGGGUCAACAUGGUCUCCUCGGUGCUGCUCGCCAUGACGCUGGCCUUCGAGCCCGCCGAGAGGGGCGUGAUGGCGCGCGCGCCGCGUCCUGCCUCCGAACCGAUCCUGUCGCCCUUCGUGCUGUGGCGUGUCGGCUUCGUCUCGGUCCUGUUCAUGGCCGGCAUCUUCGGCAAGUUCGCGCUCGCACAGGCGCAGGGCUCAUCGGUCGAGGAAGCCCGCACCAUCGCGGUCAACACGCUGGUGGUGAUGGAGAUCUUCUACCUGUUCUCGGUGCGCUAUCUGGGCGAACCCUCACUGACGCUGCGCGGCCUGUUCGGCACGCGGCCGGUGCUGAUCGCGAUCACAGCCGUGACCGCGCUGCAGUUUCUGUUCACCUAUGCACCAUUCAUGGAAGCCUUCUUCGACACCCGGCCCCUGUCGCUUCUGCAAGGCUUGCAGAUUGUCCUUGUCGGCGUCGCCGUGCUGGUCAUUCUCGAACUGGAAAAGCGCGCCAUGUGGGCCUGGCGCGACCGGCGCGGCAGUGCGCCCCAUGGAAAAAGCGCCCAGGCGCGUGGAUGA